AUGGCUUCAAUCACUUUGAACGGAUACGCAAAACAUACCGACGACGACUAUCUCAUCAUAAAACCCAACAGAGUAAUAAUGUCCCAUGUUGACUCAGCUGUGGACAUUUUAUCAGAAGUAGAAACUACCAACGAACAUAAUAAAUCAAAGCCAACUCUAACAUUAUCGCCCGGACCUUCAAUAAAAGGACCAACUUCCCCCACUACACCUAGCUCGUCACAACAUGCUGCCGCCCUUGCCCUGUUAACAUCUCGAAUAUCUGCUUUACAGUCAGAAUUGGAGAAUGCUGGUAAGGGAAGGGAAGAUAACAAAAAGCCAAGCUCAGACUUGGCAUUGGAACCGAAUAAGUUUUCCUUGAAAAAAGAGGAAAAAACUUCACCCAUUGUCGAUAACUUCAAAAUUAAAUAUAGCAUGGAAACAGACACAACGAAAGCCGAUCGUUCGUCAAGAGGUCAUUCUGACUACUAUUCAGACUCGAACGCAACCCCAAGAACCUCAGACAAGCCCACAAUAAAAGAUUUCCCACCUAUUUCACCUUCUGACACUGUAUUCGACUCCGAGAGGCUCUCAAGAAAUACCUCCGCCAUCAAUUCCAUGUACUCCAUCCGUUCCGCUCAUUCUCGAGCUCCUUCAAAUGAAACGAGCAAGAAUGACUUCAUACAAUCGCCGACAUUUCAAUUGUCUAGUCAUCGGGGUCGCCGGAACAGUGAUAACGAUGAUUUAUCUGGUGACGAACGAAGUGCUGAACUAGAACGAUUAGAACGUGAACACAGGAAGUAUAUACAGGUGCUGAAGAAAGAACACAAAGAAGACCUUGAACGAAUUGAAAAUGAGCAUAGCAUGGAAAUAGAAAGGACAUUACGAGAGCAUCGAGAUGAGCUUGAGAGAACUGAAAAUGAAUCAAUGAAUACUCUGGAAAGGACAAUAAAUGAUCACAGAGAUGAAAUGGAACAAGUGAAAAAAGAACUUGCGGAAAAAUUCAAAGAACAAGAAGAGCGAAUAACGAUAGAGACAGCUCGACGACGCGGAGCCGAAAAGGAUGAGCUGAUCAGAGCGCACGACGAAGAGUUGAACAGAAUAAAAUCUGAAUUAGAACGAAUAUCGAGCUUAAAAGAGCUAGCAGAGCAGGAAAACGAAACAUUAAAACGGCGUCUCUCUGAAGAUCAACAAGCGUUGCGUGCCCAAUUGGAUAAUCAAUCGUCUAUAGAAGAUCUAAAACAUAACUACGAGCAAGAACGACGUGCCCUCGAAGAUCAGCUAAUGAGCGUCAUUCAACAAAAAGAAGAGGCCGAAGUAUCAUUGUCAAAAUACAAGCGAGAGACUGAGAAUGUAUUAAACGAAUUUAAAAGCCAACUGGAAGCGGUUACCAUUGUUUCAAACGAAAAAGACGCUCUUGAAGCCGAAAAUCACAGACUGCAGCAGGAGGUUGGAAAUCUUAACGCGUUCAAAGAGAAUGCAGAGGAUGUUCUGGUGAAGAUAAAGGAGGAAAUGGGUAAGAGCAUAUCUGAACUCAAAUCCCAACUUAGCGAAAAAGCCGAUACAGAAAGUAUGCUUGAAUCUCUUCAGAUUGAACUCGAUAACUCUAACAAUGCACUUUCCGAGUUACAAUCCCACCAAGUUCAAAACGAGCGUAAACUACGUCACGCUCAAGAAAAAUGUGAGGACCUUCAAAUCGACGUAGCAAACAAAAAGAGCGCUGUAGAGAAUCUCGAGAGACAACUGGACCGUAUAAAGAACGAGAUAGAAGGGACAAAAAGAGAACACGAAAGAUCCAUGGACAUUCUCCGAUCUGAGCUUGAUAUUGCUCAUCGAAAGGAUCUUAAUAAUCUUAGAGAGAAAUUAGAGAGCGAGUAUGAAUCGGCACGGGCAAAAUUAACGUUUGAGCACGAUAACGCAAUAAUGACACUAAAACGGCAAAAUGAGGAAUUGGGCAGAACUAUUGCUGAGAAUGUUGUUUCUGUUGAAGCAUUGGAGGCGGCUGCAAAGCGUCUAGAAGCAGCCGAGAACUCAUACCAGGAACUUAACUCCAAGUACCACAAAUCCACAAAGAAGAGCCAAGAUCUUACGACCGAAGUCGCAUCACUUCGUAGCAAAGUUGAAGAACUCGAAUCGACUAAAGAUAUAUUGGAAGAAGAUAAAAAGAUGAAGGAUGAAGAAAUUGAAAUAAUGAAAAACAAACUCAGCCAACUCCAUGAAGAAAACCUCGCUCUCAGAGCAGAUAUCAAAGAGGUUGAGGCUACUCGCAAUCAAUUUGCCGGCGUCAUUGCUGCAAUGAAGGAUGAAUGGGAAAAUUCAUACCAGUUACUCAAGAAUCAAUUUUCAGAAGCUGAACAGCAAAGAGAUAAAUUACAAGCUCGAGUCUCUGAAUUAGAGCACAGCUCAAGUAGCGAAGUUGAACAGCUCAAAUCAAGCCUAUCAGAAAAAGUCAGGGAAAUCGAACAGGUAACCGCGAAGUUUCAAGCAGCCGAGAAACAAAAGGAUAUCUUGUCCAAGAUGCUCGAGGAACAUCAGAACGGGAUGCAGACAAUUAUGAAAGAUAUGGCAGUCGACAGAGAACAAUGGACUGAAAAGGAAAAUGAAAUGGCUCUUUCAUUAAAGGAAAAAGAUAGGAUCCUUUCUGAGAAGCUUAGUUUAUUGGAAGCUGCACGAACGGAUAAGGAAGCCAUGAAGCAGAAAUUAAUCGAGGUCGGGAAAGAAAAAAUGUCAGUUGAUAAUAUGAUCCGUGAACUAGAAGGAGAAAAGAAACAAAUGGAGGAGAAUAUGAAGAAGCUUGAAUCUCGCUUAACUGACAAGACGAGGGAAUAUGAUCGUCUAAAGGAACAGAGCACACAAUGGCGUGAAGCAGACAAGCAAAAAAGGCAAUUGGAGCAAGAAAUUCAUGAGGCGAAACAAGGUUGCGGUGAAAAGGAUCUGCAGAUUAAUCAUCUAGCAACAGAAAUGGAAAAGAAAGAUGCAGAGAUUCAACAACUGAAUACCCUCAAGAAGCAGUUACAGGCCAAGAUCGAAGGCCUCGAAGCAUCUCAGACCCGAUUCAACUCGAAACUUCGAGCAGCCGAAGCUGAUGCAAGCACAGCUAUGCGUAAUGCCGAUAAUCAAGUACGCGAGAUGCAAAACCGGCUUAACAAUUCUGAAAAUGAAAUAGAAGAACUCCACAGUAAAAUCACCGAACUCAAGCAAAAACUUAUUGAGAAAGAAGGUUUCCGGACCCCACCAAGAUCCCCCCAUUCAAGAGAAGAUGUCAAUGUCCGAUUAUCGACAGCCACGCAGACGAUCAUGUCUCUCGAGAAACAAGUCGAAAAGUUAAAGACUAUCCAGGAUAUGCUCAAUUCCGAAAAUGCUGCACUCAAGAAGAGUUUGUCUGAAUCCGAGACCUCACAGCAUGCAAUUAUGCAAACCUUUGAACAGUCAAUUAGUCAGACUGAGAAAACCGUAUCUAUUCUUCGCGAGCGACUUGAUACAACACAAAAAGAGUGCGCCCUUGAGAAGGACAAACUUACCCAAAGCCAUAAAGAGCUUACAGAGAGUUUGCAACGAAGGUACUCGGAACAGAUUGCUGAAUUAAAAAAUACAUUGCAAUCGUACGAGAAGCGAGAUCGUGACCUGUCUGCGACUGUUCACGAUGCUCGGGAUAGUGCAGAUGUCAAGAUUCUAAGGCUACAGAGUCAGCUAACUUCGUUUGAGAAAGAGCUGAAAGAAUCUAAAAACGAAUGUAUGAAAUUGAAUGAGGCAUUGUCUCAGGUGCAAAUGAGUUAUUUGGAUGCCGUUAAUGAAAAGGAUCAAAUACUAAAGAUAAAGAAGGAAUUAGAGAAAAAGCUCAAGUCUCAGGAAGACGAUUUGCAACAGUUGGUGGCCAAGAAUAUGGAUUUAGUCAUGCAAAUCAGCAUGAAUUAA